AUGGCCGAGCACGGGGCUCACAUCACAGCCGCUUCUGGCGCAGAUGACCGGCCCUCCAUCUUCGAGGUGGUGGCGCAGGAUAGUUUGAUGGCCGCCGUGAGGCCCGCCCUUCAGCACGUGGCCAAGGUGCUUGCAGAAACCAACCCUGCCCAUUAUGGCUUCCUCUGGAGGUGGUUUGAUGAAAUCUUCACUUUUCUGGAUCUUCUGCUUCAGCAGCACUACUUGUCUAAAGCCAGUGCCUCCUUCUCUGAAAACUUUUAUGGCUUAAAGAGGAUCGUGAUGGGAGACCCUUCAGGGGGCCAGAGGUUGGCCAGUACUGGCCUUCCAAAGAAGCAGCUUUGGAAAUCCCUCUUAUUUUUGGUCCUCCUUCCCUACUUGAAAGUGAAGUUGGAGAAAUUGGUCUCCAGCCUAAGAGAAGAGGAUGAAUAUUCCAUCCACACUCCCUCUUCAUAUUGGAAGCGUUUUUACCGAGCUUUCCUGGCAGCUUACCCCUUUGUGACCAUGGCCUGGGAAGGCUGGUUCCUCAUACAGCAGUUACGUUACAUCCUGGGGAAGGCUCAGCAUCAUUCACCCUUGCUGAGCCUAGCUGGAGUUCGGCUAGGUAGACUGUCAGCUGAGGAUAUCCGAGCUUUGGAAAAGACACUAGCUGGAGCUAAUAGGAUGCAACAGCCAGCCGCUAGCAGCAUCCGUGAGAAGGUGCAGUCAGCUGUCAAGAAAGCUGUAGGAGGCCUUGCCUUGUCCAUCUCCACAGGCCUUUCUGUAGGUGUUUUUUUCCUGCAGUUCCUAGAUUGGUGGUAUUCAUCAGAGAAUCAAGAAACCAUCAAAUCCCUGACUGCCCUGCCCACCCCCCCACCCCCUGUGCAUCUGGAUUACCACUCUGAUCCGUCUCUGUUGCCAAAGCUGAAGACGGUGUGUCCCUUAUGUCGAAAAACCCGGGUGAAUGACACUGCACUCGCCACCUCUGGCUAUGUGUUUUGUUACCGAUGUGUGUAUAACUAUGUGAGGAGUCACCAGACCUGUCCCAUCACAGGCUAUGCAACAGAAGUCCAGCAUCUGGUUAAACUGUACUCCCCCGAAAACUGAAUGACCAUGCAAACUGUGCCCCAUGGUAAGAGUGCUCUGCCUACCCUCAUUCUGCCAGAGUGGUAUUCUAUACAUGGUAUUGCUCAGUCAGAUCCAUCCAUCCUAGUCACUUAUCUCAGGACCACCUCAACCUUAAAGAGCCUAGCAAAACAUUUUUAAAAUCAAAUACAUACCCAUUUGAAUGUAGUCUAUUUAUAUGCCUUCUAACCCCCAUUCAGAAAUUAAUGAAAACAGAGUCAAGUUGUUAUGUGAAGAUAAAACCAGGAGUCUUUGGAGGGGAUGGGGGCAGGGGAGAAGGGGGAAGAACAAAGUUGUUGUGAGGAUCACAUGAAAUAAGAUAUGGAAAGCACUUGAAUUAAGACAUACAAGUGCUAUAUUAUGUGAAGGAAGAAGCAGAGAGCAUCCAGUCUCCACUGUCUCCUCCCAUACCUUGGAUCCAAACUAUAGUAGCCCAAGAAGGAUCCAAAGAAGUACAGGUCCUUUCCAAGGACUCUCUUGUCUGCCAAGAAUCUUUAGGUAUUCAAGGGAGAUUUUGUUUGCUUUGAAUGGAAAUAAAACUUUAGGAAAUGAAUCACUUUUUCAACUGACACCUCUUCAGCACAUACUUAUUAAUACCCCAUCUAGUUUGAAUUGUGAUUUGAAGUGAAUCUUUCACAAAGUAUGUAAUUUAUCUUUCUUGAAAUUCUGGAUAAUGGCACAUAAUGUAUUGGGUUGGUUUUCCAAUUCAAAGCAGUCUGAGAGUUUUAAGUGUGAAAGUCAAACUGAUAUAAUAUAAGGAAAAUACAGUUAGACUAACACUAAUCCAACUCUGAGUCACAGUGAUAGAACUGGAAGGGACCUUGGAAGCUCUCUUGUCCAUGUCCCUCUUUGCAGAGGAAAAAUAGAGGCUCCUAAGUGAGUAGUUUGCCCUCUUCACCUAGCCAGUUGCUGACAGAGCCAGGACUAGAAUCCAGGCACCCUGACUUCCUCACCCAGUGCUCUUCUCCACUGUGCCACAAUAACAGGGAGCAGAAAAACAGCUUUGUGUGGGCAUUUUCUGCUAACUCCCCAAAACAUUUGCUAAACUAGCAUGAACAUGUCUCACCGCUAUUAAUAGCAAUUUUUAUAAAACUUCACUGCAAUGUAACCCAAAAAUAAAUUUUGGUUUUGCAUAACACAAA